GCUCCCUAUGCAGCCCCAGGCGCAUCAGAGCACUUUGGACCCAGCCGCCCCGUCGAGAUCCUGAGGUUCCUGCUGGAAAGAUGCGACAGAAGUCGAUCUUGGUGUUGGAGGUCCCGGAAGUGUUCUGCUCAACGCUGUUGUUAUGGGGACUGCCGAGCACGUCCGCCUGCUUUGCGAUGCUGGCGCGGAUCCGAACGUCGGUCCGAUCGAUCUGUACGAGAAAGCUUCGCGGUAUUCACGGACUCCAGUCGGAAAUGUUCGCUGCGCUGGUGGAGAAGGGCCGACCGCAUCGGCGGGUGAUCAAUACGUGCAAACUAUUGGACAUACUCAGGCGACCUAAGCUUCAAAGAGAUCCACUAGCUAUUGUUGAAGAGUGAGGUCAUGGCUUGCAGCCGGCGAUCUGGAUCCGAAUGCCCUUACCUUGCAGUUCCCAGAAGACGGGAUCCGUCAACCGUUCUUACGGUACAAGACAUUUUUGAUCCACCUGAUUGCACGCAGCAGCUUUGCAGGCGCACCUCAGCUUAU